GGGCUCGCGAAUCGAGGACGAAACCGCGUCAGAACGAGCUACUUUGCGCUCGCGUCGGCGUCGGCUUCUGUCUCCGACGCGGCGGAGCGAGGGUCCCGGCCGUCGCGCGCCGCCGCCGCCGUCGUGGCUCCAAUAGAAGCGCUGCAGCAUCCGCGGCGGCCAGAGCUCGGUCCCCCACCUAGCCUGGGUUUUGCCCAGGCGGCGGCGCUUUGAGGAAUGUCUCGGUCUCGCCGGCGUGCUGCGCGCAUGAUGUGCUCGAGGAAAUGCCUGGGAGGAGGAGGAGGGACUCGGGGCGGGAGGAAGACGGCGAGGAGGGGACAGGAGCGCGGCGGGCGACGUCGCUCGCGCGGGAGCGCCAUCAUCGGGCGAGCCUCUCAUGAUCAAGGUACCAUUCGUCUCUGACAACUCCACCGUGUGUUCUGAAAUUUUGACUGCAAAACGCACUGCUCGCCAUUGGCUCCAUCCUUGACUCUGGCUGGAUACUGUGCCAUUGUGCCUUUCUCGGGUCAUCAGUCCAAGUCAUCUCACAUGGUGGAGCCGGCUGGUCCAUCGCUGUCGCUGUGCCGUGUGAAACAUGCGCCGACCGCGACACGGCGAGCGCUCCAAAUUCCUAAUCCGCAGCACCCCCACCCGACGACCCCCAUGGUCACGGUCAACCUCGCCCCCUGUCCAUAGCCAUACCAAGAAAGAGAGAAAGAAAUACUCCUGCAGCUUUACAAGUGGAGUUCAAUACUUCAGUUCCACAAGCUCCUUUGCACUCUACCAAAUCCAGCCAUGGCAGCCAAGGCCCCUCUCGUGCUGCGCCUCUGUCUCUUCCUCUGCAUCUCCCUCUCCCUCUUGCUGUUAUCAUCUCCUCAACGGGUGACGAGCUUGAGCCUCGAUGCCGAUGUGGACGAUCACUACUACCAUUACGAUGGGGACGAAGACGAUGACAACUACUACCAUGAUGACGACGACGACGUCUUCUCCGGCAGGCCGGUACGGAGAAUAUACGACGGCGACGACGACGAAAACUACUACCGCAAUGAUGAAGUAGACUUCUCCAGCAGGCCGGCUCGGAGGCUAUACGACGGCGGCGCAGUCAUGCCGGAGAAGUACAACGUCCUGAACGGCAACUCCUCCAACAGCAGCUCCGGCUCGGCCUUUUGCAGGUUGCUUUCUCUCCAGAUCCUGGACCUGUCAAACAACAAGCUCACCGGUAAGCUGCCUGACUGCUGGUGGAAUCUGCAGAGCCUGCAGUUCAUGGACCUCUCCCACAACCGCUUCUCAGGUGAAAUCCCUGCAGUCAAUACAAGCUACAAUUGUUCUCUUGAAUCGGUUCAUCUUGCCGGCAACGGCUUCACCGGUGUUUUUCCAUCAGCGCUAAAGGGAUGCCAGACGCUGGUCACUUUAGAUAUUGGGAACAACAAUUUCUUUGGUGGCAUUCCUCCUUGGAUUGGGAAAGGCCUUUCAUCUUUGAAGAUUCUUAGCCUUAGAUCAAACAACUUCACCGGUGAAAUUCCUUCUGAGUUAUCACAUCUUUCUCAACUCCAACUGCUAGAUAUGACCAACAACAGUUUGACAGGGUCGAUUCCCACAUCUUUUGGCAACUUAACAUCCAUGAAGAAUCCAAAAAUUGUAUCCAGUGCGGGAUCAUUAGAUGGGUCUACCUAUCAGGAUAGAAUCGAUAUAAUCUGGAAGGGGCAGGAGAUAAUUUUCCAAAAAACACUUCAAUUAAUGACGGGUAUUGAUUUGUCAGGUAACUCAUUGUCUGAAUGCAUCCCCGAUGAGUUAACAAACCUCCAAGGCCUUCGAUUUCUGAACUUGUCAAGGAACAAUCUAUCGUGUGGGAUACCUGAAAACAUAGGUAGUUUGAAAAAUCUUGAGUCCCUUGACCUCUCGUCAAAUGAAAUUUCAGGAGCCAUUCCUCCAAGCCUUGCUGGUAUAUCUACCCUUAGCACUCUUAAUCUCUCGUAUAAUCAUCUAUCAGGCAAGAUACCCACCGGGAAUCAACUUCAAACCUUCACUGACCCAUCAAUAUACAGCCAUAAUUCAGGGCUCUGUGGCCCUCCGUUGAACAUUUCAUGCACAAAUGCUUCAGUUGCGUCAGAUGAGAGAGACUGUAGAACAUGCGAGGACCAGUAUUUCUACUACUGUGUAAUGGCUGGAGUGGUUUUCGGUUUUUGGCUAUGGUUUGGAAUGCUCCUUUCCAUCGGAACCUGGAGGUAUGCCAUUUUCGGUUUUGUUGAUGGCAUGCAAUGUAAAGUUAUGCAGAAAGUCUCCUCUGUUGAUAAAUUUCUUUCAAGAGGAAAUACUGAUCAGUAUUUGUAGCUGUGUGUUUUCUUUCUGUACCAUCUGAAGAUGUAGCAUGGUUAGUUUUGUCAGUGUUCUGUAAUUGGCAGGAGUCAUAGGACCCCCAACAAACUUCCUUUGUAUCAAGACUAAGAUGUAAGAAGUUACUGCAUCCAUCCAAAAUUAUAUGGAACAUGUCCAUCUUAUAUACUACCAACAAAUGCUGCUAUGCUUGGAUAUUCAUUACA